GAAGAAGAAGCAGCAUUUAUUUUGAAAGACCAAAGUUUGACGUCAACACAACCAGGAAGUGCCGGUUUCACAGCACGGACAGUAGCUGCUCCAUGCUAUCUGGACUUAUCAAAGUGUAGGAAAACAGGCAGUUUCAAUGAUUUGUCGAUAUUAAUAUGACUGGUUUCUGUAAUUAAAGUCCUCUACUGCAGACAGAGAUUUAAACCAGGGCAUGGCGGGGGCAGCGGUGCUGAGGACUUUCCGGGCCAUGCAUUCCUGGAGUGUGCCCGCGGCAUCAGGCAGGUGCUCAGCACCGAUGGAGUCCGUGCUGUACACACCUUGGAGGACCACUCCUGUUAGGGCGGUGCAGCUGUGCUCCGCCUUAUGUGCUGGACACAACAAGUGGUCAAAGGUGAAAAACAUUAAGGGGCCUAAAGAUGCGGCCAGGUCACGGCUGUUUGCGAAGCUCGGUAUGAUGAUAAGGAUAGCUGUGAAGGAGGGUGGACCCAACCCAGAGAUGAAUAUAAACUUAGCACACAUACUGGAGCAGUGCAGAAACAAGAACAUGCCCAAAGCAUCCAUAGAGACUGCAGUCAAGAGUGUGGAAAAAGGUAAACCAGCAUCCCAGCACAUGUUUCAAGCUCGGGGCCCUGGUGGAUGUUUGCUGCUCAUCGAGGUCCUUACUGACAAUGUUACACGCACCCACCAGGCAAUCAAACACCUGCUUAACAAGAGAGGAUGGAUAAUGUCAGAUGGAGCACACCACAGCUUCAACAGGAAGGGGGUAGUGGUGGUCCUGGGUCACAACAUCUCCAUGGAGCGAGCUCUGGAGCUGGCCAUUGAGGCGGGAGCAGAGGAUGUCAAAGAGACUGAGGAUGAAGAGGAGCAGUGCCUCCUGAAGUUUAUCUGUGAGAUAACAGACUUGAAGAAGGUGCAGGCUUCACUGCAGGAGCUGGGGAUGCAGACUACAUCUGUUGGGUUGGAGUUUGUUCCUUGCACCCUCUUGUCUCUGGACCAAGGUCAGUUGGAAUCUGCUUCAAAGCUAAUAGAAGACCUCAGUGACUUUUCAGAUGUAGUUCACGUGUGGGACAACAUCAAGUCUCACAGCUGAGUACAGUCUCUGGACACUUGGUGGACAGUGUUACUGUAUGUGUGGAUUACUUGAUUUCACAGAGAGAGGAUUUACCAACAGGUACCUUGUCCAUACAUCAGUGGGUAAUCAGUACUAUUGAUACUACCACUUGCCAGUGCUUAUAAUGUCAUCUUAAGGAGCAGACAUUACCAGUGACAUCAUAUACAUGGGAAAAAUAUGGAAGAGAAAUGACUGGUUCUUUUUAAAAUGUUAAAGUGAUGUCUUACAUUAAAUAUUUGCUAUUGUCAGACUGCACUUAUCUACAGAUGUUUAAGAGCAGCCAUUCUACAGCAUAUAGAAGCCGCUUUAGGGAUACACUGCUUCCACUGCACUUCAGAAUUUUUCCUAAAGUUGUUCAUUUCAAGAAAUGUCAUUUGUCAAAUAGGUCUUUAAAAGUUGUGACAAAGUGUAACAAAGGCAAGAGAUGUUGGUAAAAUGUCCUUUUUUAAUUGGUUAAUUAAUGAGAUCCCAUAGGUAAGAGAUGAAAAUGUUCUGUUAAGAGAAAUUUCACUUUUACUGUUUGAAGACAGAAGCAGUCUUCAUGUAUUAACAAAGAUCAGUUUAAAGAUGUCCACCAGGUUAACUUUAAUGAUACUCUGCAAUAAUAACUUGUGCCUGGUAUGGGUUUUCUUCAAAAGCCUUGAUGACCUAAUGACCUAAACGUAUUAAGAUUAAA